AUGAAUUGUAUAACGAGGUGUAUCCAUAAAUCGGGAAGACUUGCUCAUAGGUGUUCAAUUCGACUAUCACCUCCUUUACUAUCAAGGAGUUAUACAACAACUAAUGCUGAAAAAUUUUAUGAUAGAAAGAGACUUCCAAUCCACACAGGUCAACCUAUACAUGAAACCAGGCCAUAUUUACUGAAUCCUGGAGAACUAACUCCCGGUAUUUCCUCUUUAGAAUACUACCAAAGAAGAUUGAGCAUUGCAUCACAAAUGCAAGGCGAGUCAUGUAUGAUCAUAGCUGGUAAUGACAUUCAAUUCGCUUCAGGGGCUGUAUUCUUCCCAUUCCAACAGGAUAAUGAUCUAUUUUAUUUAACAGGUUGGAAUGAGCCAAACUCUGUGAUGAUUAUUGAGAAACAUUCAGACAAAAACGAUGACGUUACAUUCACUAUGUUUGUUCAAGAAAAGAAUGCAUUUGCGGAGCAAUGGGAAGGUUAUAGAACCGGUAUUCAAGGUGUUCAGGAUAUAUUCAAUGCAGAUCGGGCAUUUGGUGUUGGCCAGUUGAAUAAUAAAUUACCAGAUAUUUUGAGACGUGGUAAAAUGGUUUAUUUUGAUGAUAGUGGCAAAGGAACUUUAACAAAUAAUAAAAAAAGCAUUAUAAGAAUGAUUACUGAAGGAGGAUUACUAAGAACAAAGAAUUAUAAGAGCAUUUUAGCGGAUACCAGGAAAAUUAAGUCCGAUGCAGAACUUAAAAUUAUGAGAAGGGCAGGACAGAUUUCAGGGAAAUCAUACAAUCAAGCAUUUACGAAGAGGUUCCGGAAUGAAAGAACGUUAGCAUCAUUUUUGGAUCAUAAAUUUAUUUCUGGUGGUUGUGAUAAAUCUGCAUAUAUUCCUGUUGUUGCUACUGGUUCAAACGCAUUGUGCAUACAUUACACAAGAAAUGAUGAUGUCAUGUUUGACGAUGAAAUGGUUCUUGUGGAUGCUUCUGGGUCACUGGGUGGGUACUGUUCAGAUAUUUCACGUACUUGGCCAGUAUCAGGUCAAUUUUCAACAGCACAACGUGACUUAUAUCAAGCUGUGCUUAAUGUUCAAAAACAGUGUAUUGACUUAUGUAAGGUCAUCAAUAAUAUGUCACUAGAUGAUAUUCACCAAGAAAGUUUAAAGUAUAUGAGACAAGAGUUGAAAAAUCUUGGUAUUAAUGAUGUUAAAAAUUGGGAUGUAGAAAGGUUGUAUCCUCAUUAUAUUGGACAUAAUUUAGGCCUCGAUGUUCAUGAUGUACCAGAGGCAUCCCGUUAUGAGAAUUUGAAGGAUGGACAAGUGAUAACUAUAGAACCAGGUCUCUAUAUUCCGGAUUCCGAAGAAUUCCCAGAAUAUUUUAGAAACGUUGGUAUUAGAAUUGAAGAUGAUAUUGCUAUUGGAAAAGAUAGUUACACGAAUUUAACUGUUGAGGCACUAAAGGAAAUAUCUGAUUUAGAAAAUGUUAUGAGUCGUGGAAAGACUUUGAGCACAUUUGAUGAUGAUAUUAUUAGUCCUUUGGAAGGAUAA